UAUCAAUGCAUGGUAUAGGGGGGUUCCCGGUACUUCUUAGUGUUGUGUAGUAUUUAUUUACUUAAGGGGUUCAUUUUAGCAAUGCCGAAUGCCGAUGCAACGGUUCUUGCGAUUCCCGGGGGCCGCGCGAUUUCUAUCUAGUGUUGUGCUUCUUACGAGGUCAUAUGCCAUAUGGCAUAUGCCAAUUCAGCCAGGUUGCAAAUGCAAAUGCAAGAAUGGGAUGAGAUUAAUGCCCAGCAAAAGCAUUUUUAUACCUAUUUCAAUUGCCGUGGCUAAAUCAAGUACUAAUCAACUACCGUAUGUAGGGACGGGAUUAUCAAAAAGCAAAGAGCUACUAUUACAAGAUAGGGCUGCUUAGGUGGCAAGAGUGCCGCCACAGUAUGGACUUUCUUAGGGGUUGAGCCCACAGAGGAGUGAAGAAAAAGAUCGUCUCAAUUAUAGAUGAAACUUGGUUCACACUAUC